UUGUGAGACAGCGUAUAUGUUGCUGUUUACCAUUUCAAUUGCUAUCAUCGCUGUCAGCUCUGGAUUUUCCGCUCUACGCGUGUAUGCUGUUAGCGGCCACAGACUGGCACCUGCCCUAAUUACUCUCACCUUGGGAAUGGUCUUCGUAGGCGUGCGAGUAUAUUAUUACAUAGUCACUUCGUGUGCGCACGUUGAACACGCCUCCGGCCACUCAUACUGUGCCUGGAACAUACACGUCUCAAAUCCUGUGCAAUUCAAGUUAACAAUCACUGAGCGGAUCUGCGGAAUAGCGGCAGACCUUCUCGUCCUGACAGUGACUUGGUACAGAACGUACCAUGUUGCAAAAAACGCCCACCGAGCCGCACUACAGACUCCGAUAGUUGUUCUAUUUCUCCGCGACGGCACGUUAUAUUUCAUUACACUUUUGAUACUGAAUGUGCUUGGGAUCGUAUUAGUAGGCGGUGUCUAUGGCAAUGAGGGUGAUUGGAAUGUCACAUCGGUUCUCCUUGCGCCCUUCUCAUCUAUCCUUGUAUCUCGUUUCAUCUUGAACCUGCGCGAAGCCUCUUGUGACGAUGCUGCAGGUUUAGACUACGGCACGCGUGACGGAGCAACGAGCACGCAGAACGCAGUGUUCGCGUCUCGCCUUGUCGGAAAUAUCGGCACGGAUUUGCAAUACGACGCGUCAUCCAGUGAUGUGAUGAACAACGAAGAGAGCGCUGAUGUGGGCGAUGAAAAUGAUGAGAACGUCAUGCUGGAGGUCGGAUCUAUCGUGAGCGACUAAACAUUUGUAUACAUCGAUUCGAGCCUACGGGACUGUUACGCACGAGGUAACGAUACGAAAGAUCUGCUCUGCAUUGUAAUAUUAAUAUAUAGACGUAAGGCCGACCAGUGGUCGGGCAAACCUUACCAGGACGAUCGAGAUGUCAUGUCCGUUCACAUGAAAGCAGGAACUGCGGUGAUCAUGAUGUUGCGGAUGCACAGCUCGGUCUCGAACGUCC